CUUGGCAAAAAGUUUACCGAAGUCAAAACUAGCUCGUAGGAUUGGCUCUGUUCAAACUUGCCUUCUCGAGCACGCAAUCAUGUGUAGGCCCUAACACAAAAAUAAGUUACUCGACGCUUAAUAGCCUAUUGAAGCAAGUGCAAAGGAAUACAUAGUUUAACCUGCAUCACUGGACCCCGGUCUAGUGGUCUAGCUCUAGCCAACUGUGAUGAGAGCUUGGCAGCCCAUAACACGUGGUCACUGAUUAGAUUCGCCAACCUUCUCAAACUCAUCUCUUUCCACAUCGCAACUUCACUGCACGGCAACUGCCGACCCAAGACGACGAGCCUCGUUCUCCUUGCGCUUCUCAGAACGACAAACGAAAGGCAGCAGUGAUGGCCGAGCGGGUGUUGGUGAUUGGCAGUGGAGGACGAGAACACGCCCUGGCCUGGAAGCUGGCCCAGUCGCCUCAUGUCCAGCAGGUCCUGGUUGCCCCUGGUAAUGCUGGCACUGCCAGUUGUGGGAAGAUCUCCAACUCGGAGGUGUCUGUAAGUAACCAUUCCAUCCUGGCCCAGUACUGUAAAGACCACAACGUUGGCCUGGUGGUGGUCGGACCGGAGGUGCCCCUUGCUGCAGGCAUUGUGGAUGACCUGGUGGCUGCUGGAGUCCCGUGUUUCGGCCCCUCCGCCAAAGCGGCCCAGCUAGAGGCCAGCAAGAGCUUCUCCAAGAGCUUCAUGGACCGGCAGGGUAUCCCCACUGCGCGCUGGAGCUCCUUCACUGAUCCCCAGGAGGCCUGCCGCUACAUCAAGGGGGCAGACUUCCCCGCCCUGGUGGUGAAGGCCAGUGGUCUAGCAGCAGGUAAAGGAGUCAUCGUUGCUCAGGACAAGGAGGAGGCAUGCAGAGCAGUGGAGGAAAUCAUGAAGGACAAGGCAUUUGGCUCUGCUGGGGAGACGGUGGUGGUUGAGGAGCUACUCGAGGGAGAAGAAGUGUCUUGUUUGUGUUUUACUGAUGGGACCACCAUUGCAGCCAUGCCCCCUGCUCAGGACCAUAAACGCCUUUUGGACGGGGACAGAGGACCCAACACUGGAGGCAUGGGGGCUUACUGUCCCACACCACAGGUCUCUGAGGUGACACUGAAGCAGAUCAGAGAGACCGUAUUGCAAAAGACUGUGGAUGGCAUGAGGGAGGAGGGGACCCCAUAUGUGGGUGUGCUCUAUGCAGGGCUGAUGCUCACCCCACAGGGACCCAAAGUGCUGGAGUUUAACUGCCGCUUCGGAGAUCCCGAGUGUCAGGUCUUGAUGCCACUGUUGAAGAGUGACCUUUAUGAGGUCCUAAGGGACACCCUACAGGGGAAACUGGCCUCUAGCUCCCCCGUGUGGCAUGAGAAUGUCGCUGCAGUGACCGUGGUCAUGGCGAGUCCUGGUUAUCCUGGAGCUUACAAGAAGGGCAUAGAGCUCACAGGUCUGUCUCAGGUACAGGACAUGGGCCUGCAGGUCUUCCAUGCUGGGACGGCUCUGAAGGAAGGAGGGGUUGUGGUCACCAGUGGUGGGCGUGUCCUGACGGUUACCGCGGUGAUGCCCAGCCUGGACGGCGCCCUCCACAAAGCCAAUCAGGGAGUGGCAUCUGUGGGGUUCCCCGACGCGGCCUACCGGCGAGACAUUGGCCACCGCGCCAUUACCUACCUUACACGCUCUAGAGGUCUGACCUAUAAGGACAGCGGAGUUGAUAUCGCAGCAGGCAAUCGGCUAGUGGACUUGAUCAAACCUCUGGCCAAAGCCACCACUCGGGCAGGGUGCAACGCUGAGCUGGGGGGCUUUGCAGGGCUCUUUGACCUGAAGGCUGCUGGAUUCAGUGAUCCUGUCCUGGUGUCUGGAACGGAUGGCGUGGGAACCAAGCUGAAGAUUGCUCAAGCAUGUGGACAGCACGGCACUCUGGGACAGGACCUGGUGGCGAUGUGCGUGAACGACGUCUUGGCCCAGGGCGCUGAGCCCCUCUUCUUCCUGGACUACUUCUCCUGCGGGCAGCUGGACGUGGGAGUGGCCUCCACGGUGAUUGGUGGGAUUGCUGACGCGUGCAAGAUGGCUGGCUGCGCUUUGCUGGGCGGUGAAACUGCGGAGAUGCCUGGCAUGUAUGCGAAGGGCGAGUAUGACCUGGCUGGGUUCUGUGUUGGGGCCGUGGAGCGGAGCUCCGUGCUCCCGCAGCUGGGGGACAUCUCCGAGGGUGACCUCCUGAUUGGGGUGGCCUCCUCUGGGGUCCACAGCAACGGCUUCAGCCUGGUCCGCAAGGUCCUGGAGCAGUCAGGGCUGCAGUACAGCUCACCUGCCCCUUUUGGCAAAGCUGGAGAAACUAUGGGCACGGUCCUGUUGACGCCCACCAAGAUCUACAGCCGCUUGCUGCUGCCAAUCCUGCGCAGCGGAGCGGUGAAGGCCUACGCCCACAUCACUGGAGGAGGCCUGCUGGAGAACAUCCCACGUGUGCUGCCCAAGGAGCUGGCCGUAGACCUGGACGCAACCCGCUGGCAUAUCCCGCCUGUGUUCUCAUGGCUGCAGGACGCUGGAGGCCUCAGCGAGGAGGAGAUGGGCCGCACCUUUAACCUGGGCCUGGGGGCCGUGCUGGUGGUGGCCCGCCCCGACGCCCAGAGGGUUCUCAGGCAGCUGCAGGCCCACGAGCAGGCCUGGAUCGUGGGCUCGCUCGCUCACAAGCAGCCCGGUUCCGAGCCAGUGGUCAUCCGGAACCUGUCCGCGAGUCUGAGGGCGGGCCCUGAGGCGAAUCCAGACACGAGCGCUCUGCCCAAUGGCGCCGCCCACUCUGACCACGCCCAGCGCAGGCGCACCAGAGUAGGCGUGCUCAUCUCUGGAACAGGCACAAACCUGCAGGCCCUGAUGGAGCAGGCCAAGAAGCCAUCGAGUGCAGCGGAGAUUGUGGUGGUCAUCUCCAAUCGGCCUGGAGUACUCGGCCUGAAGAGGGCCUCCAUGGCAGGCAUCCAGACACGGGUUGUUGAUCACAAGCUGUACGGCAGUCGCUCUGAGUUUGACAGCACCAUCGACCGCGUCCUGGAGGAGUUUGGCGUGGAGGUGGUCUGUCUGGCCGGCUUCAUGAGGAUCCUCACAGGGACAUUUGUCAAAAAGUGGAACGGGAAGCUGUUGAACAUUCACCCGUCUCUGCUGCCAUCCUUCAAAGGGGUUAACGCACAAAAACAGGCCCUGCAGGCGGGUGUACGGGUCGCGGGUUGCACCGUCCACUUUGUCGCUGAGGAGGUAGAUGCAGGAGCCAUAAUUGUUCAAGAGGCGGUGCCGGUGUUGAUGAAUGAUACUGAAGAUAGCCUAUCAGAGCGCAUUCGUGAGGCGGAACACCAGGCUUUCCCUGCAGCCCUUGAGCUGGUAGCGGGUGGGGCAGUGAGGUUGGCGGAGGACGGGCGCAUCAUCUGGAAUUCGAUGAUGCAGGUGUAAACAAACAAACAAACAACCUAGGUCUCAGUCACCUCCAUUACUGCAAAAGGUCAACUUCUAGUUCAGUCCUGUCGUUGCUGCCACAAUACCGGUUUACCAUAGAUGGAGCUAUUUUAGGUUUACAAUAAAAACCUUAUUACUAAGUUACUGCUACAUUUAAGAAGACUUACAUGGUUCGAUUUUAGAUAGUUUGUCUACGUUGACCACAGAAAACUUAAAUCAUUCCUUUAAUCAUGUUGAUCAUUCCUGAGAUGUCUUUCUCCUAAACCCACUGCUGUUAUGGUAGUAUUGUGAUCUUGUUUUUGACACUACAAGAAACUACUUGAAUAUUUGCCACCCUCUGUGGUAUGCCCCUCUGAAGCUGCAUGAAAUGUUGGGGUUUGUUGAUGUAUUUGUGUAGAGCUGCAUCCUACAAUUGCAUGUGAUAAAAAAAAAAAAAGAGAGAAUCCCUGGCAUUUCUUGCUGCCUUAAAUAAACUUGCACUGUCAUGGUC